AAAAAAAAAACUCCAUGCUAACCUUACCAUUUCUUCGCCGGGACGUGACUCGGCCGUUGUUCAACUGUCUCCUUAUCGGUGAAUCGCCGGCCUCCAGUCACGUGGCCGCAUACCUCAUUUUUGCUCCGCCAUGAGAAUUACGUCAAAUUUAGAUCUCUAAAUUCUAAAUCUGAAUCUGUAUUUCGAUUUAAGCAUUUUUGGAUUAUAUCUAAGUUCUGUUUUUAGAGAGCAAUGGCGACGAGGAACCGGUCGUGGUUAUUCAAUAAAUAUAGGGAUGCGUUGAAGGGCGCUAGAGCUCCGACGAGCUCGUCGGUGGCAGCGAAGGCGAUGCUGAGGCCGAGCUCCGGCGGAGCGCCCGCGAUUGAGAUGGCUAGUACUUCGUUGAUCCAUUCAAAGCGGUCUUAUAUUGCUCUAAGUACCGAUGAUCCUGGAAACUCGAGUAAGGGUACGGCCCCCAUCGGUCUACCACCGUCUUGGGUAGAUGUUUCUGGAGAAGUAGCUGCUAAUGUGCAACGUGCGCGGGCUAAAAUGGCCGAGUUAGGCAAGGCUCAUGCAAAGGCAUUAAUGCCUUCAUUUGGUGAUGGUAAAGAAGAUCAACGCAAUAUUGAAAAUCUUACUAGUGAGAUAACUAAUCUGUUGAAGAGAUCAGAGAAGAGAUUACAGAAACUCUCUGCUACUGGACCUUCUGAGGAUUCAAAUGUUAGGAAAAAUGUUCAGCGUCAACUUGCCACUGACCUUCAGAACCUUUCAAUGGAGCUCCGGAAGAAACAAUCAACUUAUUUGAAGCGCCUCAGGCAGCAGAUGGAGGAAGGAGCUGAUAUGGAGAUGAAUCUAAAUGGGAAUAGACCUAAAGAAGAAGAUGAUGAUUUGGAUGAUAUGAUUUUUAAUGAGCAUCAAAUGGCAAAGCUAAAACAAAGUGAGGCGUAUACAGUUGAGAGGGAAAGGGAGAUCCAACAGGUUGUGGAAUCAGUAAAUGAGCUUGCUCAGAUCAUGAAGGAUCUGUCAGUUCUCGUGAUUGAUCAAGGCACCAUUAUCGAUCGGAUAGACUACAACAUUCAGAAUGUUGCAACUACAGUUGAAGAAGGCCUCAAACAGCUGCAGAAGGCAGAGAGAACACAGAAACAAGGAGGAAUGGUGAUGUGUGCUUCGGUACUUGUUAUCAUGUGCUUUGUCAUGCUAGUCCUCUUAAUCCUCAAGGAGAUAAUCUUUUGAUAUGCAAGCAUGGCUUUUCAUGACCAUGUCCAUUUUGACCA